ACCAAAGAGCCCUGAAUAUGAGUUGAGAGCAACAAUUGGCUAUAUUCCCUCGUUAAUUAUGCACCUCUAUGAAUAUCUUUUUAAUGGAUAUUUACUCAGACAACAUUUACUAAAGAAAAAAUAGAGAAAACAUUGAGUCAAAGCUCCAAAUUAGUAAGCCAUUCCUUUGCUUGGCCGCAUGAAAUUCCAUAUUGGUCUUCUUUCUCUCUUCUCUUCUCUUCUCCUACCCAAUAUGUUUUCUCUGUCACAUUUAUGAAUUUUAAAAAGCAGAGUAAAUAUUUGUCUUUUUUUUUUUUUUUUUUUUUUACUUUUUAAUUUAUAGCUGCAAACUUUAUACAUAUCUAAUAAUUUUCUCAACCAAUUAAUUCAUCAUUAACAUGCUGGCCACUGCGCCCAUGUUUCAUAUUUAGAACUACCUGGCUACAUCAACAUGUCAUGAUCACUCCAACAACUUGUAUUUUUAAAGAAACCCAAAAGAAGAAAAAGUAUAGACUGAUUCAAGUUCAACUGCUUCAUUAUAAUUUCUUUGUCUUUGAUCAACCACUAUUACUUUCCCCACAUCACCAAACCCACAACACACACAAAAGAACAGAAGAAAAAAGAAAAAAGAAGAAGAAGAAGAAGAAGGAAAGAUAGGGAGAUAUGAAUACAUCUUCCAUUUCCAUCGUCUUCAUCAUCAUCUUCUGUUGUUUUUCAUCAAUUCCUGUAAAUUCACAGACGGAUUCUUGCGCCUCCAAUCUUAACCUCAAUAGGCAGCUGCCUUUUGAUCCCACAGCACUCCACUGCGCUCCUGUAUGGAAUUCCCACAAUUUUAUUCUUCGAUAUGUUCAAACGUCUCCGAAUUUAUGGAGCUUUGUUCUCUCUGCACCGGAUGCAAAUUCGUACGUGGCAAUAGGGUUUUCAAACAACGGCUUCAUGGUGGGAUCGAGCGCAGUUGUGGGUUGGGUUUCGGCCACUGAUGGUUCUGCACAAAUAAAACAGUAUUUUCUCAGAGAACAAUCUCCAACUCAAGUACUGCCCGACUCUGGAAACUUAAAUAUCACAUAUUCCAUGGCCAUGUCUCAAUCUUCACGCCUCUACUUAGCCUUCCAGUUGCUCAUCGAUCAGCCAUCUUCGCGGCUGAUUUACUCUGUCGGACCGGUUGGUAGGUUGCCCUCCGCCCCAAGCUACCAGCUGACGGAGCAUCGUGAUAAGGUCUCCACUGCUUUGAAUUAUAAUACAGGUCAGACGAGCAACCAGAACCCACACAGUGAGCUAAGAAAGAGCCAUGGAAUACUGAACAUGCUUGGUUGGGGUGUUUUGAUGAUAAUUGGAGGAAUGGUUGGUCGCUACUGCAAGCAAUGGGAUCCAGUUUGGUUCUAUGCUCAUGUUGGGAUUCAAUCUCUGGGAUUUACACUAGGAUUAUCAGGUGUAAUUUGUGGAUUUGUCUUGGAAGAUCGUCUCAGUGCUCAUGUCUCUACUCACAAAGGCCUCGGAAUUUUCAUUCUUGCUCUUGGAUGCCUUCAGGUGAUGGCAAUUUUGGCACGACCGGAUAAGUCAUCAAAGGUGCGCAAGUACUGGAACUGGUAUCACCAUACUGUUGGGAGAAUACUGAUGGUAUUUGCAAUAGCAAAUGUGUUCUAUGGAAUCCAUUUGGGUGAAAAAGGAACUGGAUGGAAUGCUGGAUAUGGAAUUACUCUAGCUAUCUUGUUCAUAAUUUCUUUGAUUUUAGAAAUUAGGCUUUGGAUGAGGAAAUAGAAAGUAACGAACUACCUGUACUGCUGCUUUAUGUACUUUCUUUUUUGUUACCAUUCUUACCACCUAAGAAUUGGAGGGCUCUUUUCUUAAGUCUAUACACUUGAAAGAGUAGUUGGGGAUGUGGACCGGAACAUGAAAUUCUUUUAGUAAUGUGACAUUUUUAUUAGGUAAUUGGAGUAAAAAUGCAUGAUUGCAUGUA